CCUUUCUCUCGAGCAUUUGCUUCGCAUCGCACAUUUUGCUUUUCCUUUGCAUCGCACAGCACCGCGCAGCAUGGCCGGUGCCACCGUCGACGCACUGCGCGACCUCAUGGCAGCGGAGCGCAAGGACCGUCUGGCCGCACUGCGCCAGCUGGGGGCCACGAGGAUGGCUGAGCUUGAGGCCGACCUCCACGAGGCAAGGCUUACCUUGUUUGGCCCCUUGCCCUCCUCCGCACUGCCCUCCACUGCACCGCCCCCGCCUUUGCACACGGUGCCGAGCACGGCCCCGCCCAGCACCACACCGCAGGGCACGCCACUGCCCCACAAGACACCGCCCAUGGUCAAGGCGGCGCCUACCAAGUCGGCAGCAGCACCGCCCCCGACUUCCCAGCCCGCCCCUCCGCCCGAGCCCUGCCCCCCCCCUGCACCGCCCAUGCCCAAGGGAGGCACCCCCGCACAGCAAGAGAAGUUCGUGCUUGGGCAGCCGCCCAUCCCUGAGGCAGGCAAGAACUGGGCCGACGUCACGGAGGAGGAGAUCACAGAUGCAUGGCACGACUCCUCUGCAUCGCCGAGAUGCAUCGCCCGGCCCUGCCUACGUGGAUCCCACAUGGCAAUCCGCACCGCCUGGCGUGCCAUGCCGGCCGCGGACCCAUGGGCCUACUACAAAGGCUAUGGCAAAGCACAGGUGAAGUGGUACACUGCUGGCGACGGCUCCAGGAGGAGGCCCUGCAACAAGCCUCUGAAAGAGGCCUGGGAGGAGGACAACCACCUCCUGCAUCGCUGCAGCAAAUGCAAAGAGCUCGAAGAGCAGGGAGAGCUCAGACAACUUGGAUGGUUGCUCUGCCUUUGGCUCGGCACUCGCAUUUUUCGUGAGAGAAUCCACAGCCCUGCCCUGCAGGUAAUCAUGAGACGCCGUUGGUCGGCAUCGCACCCAGCCUCGCCUGGCUUUCCUGCCGUGACCGCGGACAAUGCACCGCCCUUUCCCAUCCUGCUGCCCACAGCCAGUGCCGAUGACUCUGCGCCACAAGCCACUACGGAAGCUCUGCCUAGCACCCUUGAUUAUUCUCUCCAGGAGCACCUGGACUUCGUCUGCCAGGCCCUGCCGGGCGAGGUCGCCCCGACCCAGCCAGACAGCCCACCAGACAUUGCGACAGAACAGCAUGAUUUUGACUCACAUAUCUCGGUUUCGUCGGACGAAUUUCUGCACGGCGCCGCCGAGGAAAUGCCCGCCCCAGCAAGCGUGCUACAUCUACUGGCCGCGUCUAGUAAAAGCCCGGCCUUGCCAAUCCAAGAACGCAAACUUAGAGCCAAAGCACACUCGCAUGGCUCCUUGCCUACUGUGGCGGACCUAGCAGUGCCUCCAGCCACAGCCAAAGCCUCGCCAUGCAGAGUCGUUGCAUACCCACAUAGCCUGUCUUCGGCCGAAGCCUUCCGGGUACCAGGCGCCCCCAGGCGCUCCCGGUCACCUCCUCCCCUGCAUCUUGGGGGCUUGCCUCCCCCGCCGCCCAAGAGCAAGCCAACAAGCCUCAGACCACCGCAGACAACAAGCACAGCAUCCAGCGCAAGCCUUGGCCCUGCGGCCCCGAUCACAACGCAUACUCCCUCCGCACCGCUGCUUCAGCCUGUGCUCCGCACGCCGCGGCCUCGGCCUGUUAAGCUGCAGCGCACCCGCAGAUCACUGGAGGUCAGGAUGCAGCAGUGCGGCACGCACUGGUCCCAGCUGCUCAUGCGACUCGGCAUGGCCUCCCUGCUCCUGCAAUCCCUACUGCCCUCCAAAGAGUCCUCGCAGCAUAUGCUUGCAGUAAUCCGAAAAUUCGCUCCGGGCACUCUAGAACGCUACCUUCGCAUCGCAUCGCAAUUCAUGGGCUUUCUCGAUAGCAUGGGAAUCCAAUUCGCACAAGUGUCCCUUGCGGCAGUCUUGGACUACCUUGCCGCGGCCCGAGCAUCGCAUAAGCAGGACCUCGAAAUCCAUCGCAUAAGCGCGGCCUCGGCGAUCAAAGCACUGCGUUGGUUCCACAGACACGCGCAAUGGAACGCUUUAUCCAUCCACAUGCAUAGCCCUGUCAUAUCGGCCUACGCAACACAAGGCACAUCCAAAGAUAGAAGAGAAGCGCUGCCCAUACCUUGGGCUUUGGUCGCUGCCUGGGAGCGACAUGUUUGCAACGCAUCGACCCCGAUUUGCACUACACUUGUGUUGGGUGCAGCUCUCCUUGCAAUUCACGCCUGCCUUCGCUUUGGAGACAUCCAGAGAGUGGACUUCGCAUCGCUCUCUUUAACGUCCACCGCAUUGCUGGGGGUGUGCUUUGCGACAAAGACCACCUCACAGGGGCAACCCUUCGCUGUGACUAUUGCCGGCCUCACCGGCCGAGAUCUUUCAUCGUGCUGGCCACUGCAUUGGUUGUCUGCCCUGCAACGCGCGUGCACACCAUUCAGAGGCAGUGAGGGUAAUCCCGACUUCCUCUGGGUCAAUACAGCCAUGGACAGCCACGCAUUGCAAGAACUUGCCCCGGCGUCAUACUGCACCGCAAUGCUUUGCCUCCGCUGGGCAGCCACCCUGCCUUGGGAGGCCAAGCAGACUGGCCUCACGCCGGCCGAAGCACAGCAAUUGAGUUUGCAUAGCAUGAAAAGCACGCUUCUCGCGGCAGCCGCACAGCGCCGCCUUCGCAAAGACAUGCGCCUGUCAGCGGGCCAUCAUAGGGACAGUGCUGCCCUCUACAGCAGAAAUGAUACAUUCGACAGUCUCGACGCUCAACACAGCAUUGCCGUCGCCAUGAGCGAAGGCUGGCGCCCCAGCCGCAGCGUGGCCAGAGGCGGCCAGGCUCCCAUACCGGAUCCCAUAGAACAGUUCUUUUCGGACGAUCCCAUUUCGGAUGGUUCGGACGUGGAAGCGGCCAUGGUGCGGCGCGCUGCCUUGCGCCGCACGCAAAGCUCUUCAUCAGAAGCCGAGGUUUCUUCUGUGUCCUCUUCCAUCGCAUCUGCCGCCAUAGACCAAAACGAUCUGCCCCUCUUCGCGUGCACGGGCCCUUGGAGCUGCUGGCAUUGCCUGGCCCCGCCCGACGCAUCAGGCACACUCCGCACCGCGUGCGGCCUGGCACUCGGCACAGCAUCUUUCACAGCAGAGGUCGUGACGUGCGCCAUGGCCUGUUUCGCCCUUGCACUGCUGCUUUCUGCACUUAACCAUAGCCCUGCUUCUCUGCUUGCUCCCUUCUCUCAGAUGGCAGACGUUUCUGCCGUUGACUCCGUGGAAGCUCUGCAGGGUCUCUUUGACUCCAUGCAAGUCCCUGCUCCGCUCAGCAACGCGGUUCAAACCUUGGGGAUUUUGUCAAUCCCCGACUUCGCUUUCGCAUAUUCCAGCAUAUCCGAGCUUGAUGUUCCUUGCUCCGCUGAGCACCAGCAGGUGUGGGAUGACAUGGAAGUGUCGGACCCCCUCCACAGCCCCGCAAUGGCCAGGCUCCGCCGCUCCCUUCAGCGAGCCAAGGCCAUCACGGAAGCAUCCGAUGCUGCC